AUGUCGACGUUCAUGCCCAACGAACAGUGGGACAUAGUUUACGCCGUCACCCGACCUCACGUAGUACGCUACGACUGCUGCCCGGAGUCAUACCCGGAUGUGACGUUUGUGAUUGGUCUGAAAAGAAAACCUUUGUAUUACGUCUACAACGUAGUGUUGCCGUGUGUGCUACUCACUGCUUUGUCAUUGGUUGGUUUCAAUAUGCCGUUCAACAUAGGUGUAGUCAAAGUGUCCCUCGGUGUGAUGUUGCUACUGUCGCUGGGAGUGUUUAAUCUGCAAGUGUCGCAAACGAUGCCAAAAACCUCUGAAGAAAUUUCUCUGCUAGGUGAAUAUUUUGCAGCUACAAUGGUUCUCAUUUCGUUGUCUGUUGCCAUGAACGUGGCGGUGUUAAACAUCAACGAGUGGGGAAAGAACGGAACUUACGACGUCCCGGGCUGGAUACGCGUCUUCGUAAUGCAGUACAUGGCCAUGUUCAUGUGCGUAAAGCAAUGCUACUCCGUCAACACUCUGGCAAUCGACGGCGACAAAAACAACGAACGCAAUGGUAAAGGAAAGAAAGGGGGUGGCAAUCUCUCUAGUGGCAACAUAGAAUCGGGCACAGGUACUUUUGAGAACGGCAGUCCUUGUCUGAGCCACUCGACAACAUUUUACGCCCAACCUGACACAGCGGAUAAUUCGGUAUUACCGAUAGACCCCUCAUACAGGCGGGGACAGGUGUGGUUGCCGCGUGAUAACGACGGAUCUCAAGAUAACUAUAAAAAUAAGAAAAAUCUUGUCGUGCACCACGAGGGACUCAGAGGACUGGAGAACAGUUGUCGGAACACGCUUAGCGCUCCUAUGAUCGCACUGACUGAGAUCCCUCCGCCUCCAUCACCACCACCGCCGCCGAAUGCACAGAUCAAUCCGCAGUUCACGAGCGUCCCAUGCGCUCCUCCGAAGAGACGACUGUGUGACUGUAAGCAGGAAACGAAGUUGAGCAAAUUCACGUAUACGUCGCACCCUCCUCCAAGGCUGGAGAGGCAUGUAGAACAAAUCGCAGAACUGAUAAAACGUCCACAACAGUUUAGUGAACGGCGAAGACAAAUAGAAUAUGAUUGGAUGGUCGUUGCGACGACGGUCGACAGAUUCUUACUGGCUUUGUUUCUCAUAUGUUCUGUCAUUUUCACGAUUACAUUUUUAGCGCAGAGGCCCGGAAAUAUGGAACCACCAGAGGAGGCUUACGCAAUUGACUAUGAAUAUUAA